AUGCAGGGUACUGGACUCCUAGGAGGGUCUUUUUCUGAACAGCAAGAAAAGAGCCUUGCAGAAUACCUAAAAACUGCAGCUGAUCUCUUCUAUGGUCUAAGCACCAAAGAGGUUCGUCGAUUUGCCUUUCAGCUGGCUGUACAUUAUCACUGUAAUUAUCCUGCAUCCUGGAAUGACAACUCCAUGGCCAGCCGUGACUGGUUCUUGGCUUUUAUGAAGAGGCAGCCAUGUCUUUCUAUACGGUGCCCACAACCCACCAGUUUAUCUAGAGCCACAAGUUUUAAUAGACAUAUUGUUUCCCAGUUUUUUGACAAUCUUGGAAAAGUGCUUGAUAAGCACAAAUUUCAUGCUAAAGAUGUCUGGAACAUGGAUGAAACAGGGGUAACAACUGUCCAAAACCCAGAGAAUAUUGUUGCCAGGCGUGGCGGUAGACAGUUUGGGUCAGCCACAUCAGCAGAAAGAGGGACACUUGUGACCCUUGCUUGUGCAGUCAAUGCACUGAGGAAUAUGAUCCCACCUCACUUUGUAUUCCCUCGUGUUCAUUUCAAAGAACAUUUUAUCCGUGAUGGCCCACCUGGAUGCAUUGGAACAGCCAAUGCAUCUGGGUGGAUGCUGGAAGAAGACUUUAUCGUGUUUCUGAAGCAUUUCCAACACCACACUAAGUCCUCAGUGGAUGCUAAAGUCCUGCUUAUACUGGACAACCACACAUCCCAUUUGUCUCUGACAGGAAUAAAUUUCUGUAGAGACAAUGGUAUUGUCUUGCUUUCCUUUCCACCUCACUGCUCUCACAAACUACAGCCACUGGAUCGUACUGUUUAUGGUCCCCUAAAACGAGCUGUGAACUCCUUCUGUGACUCAUGGAUGAAGAGCCACCCAGGGCUGGCAAUGUCAAUUUAUGAGAUUCCUGGGAUUGUUAGGUUGGCCCUCCCUUUGGCAGCAACACCAGCAAAUGUGCAGUCAGGUUUUAGGUGCACUGGCAUUUGGCCAUUUAAUCGGGAGGUCUUCCAAGAUGUUGACUUUGCACCAUCUUUGGUGACAGACCAUCCUCCUCCAUCUACUGCAGCUCCACCAGUUCCAUCUGCCCUGCCUACACCUCCUGCAGAUCCACUAGUGCCACCUAUGCCUUCUGCAGCUCUCCUGUCUCCAGCUGCUGUUGCUCAACCACUGCCACCUGUGCUGCCCGAACCUGCUGGAACUGCCCAAGAGACACCUUCCCGUAUCGAAUUUCUCACCUGAGACCCUACGACCUCACCCUAAAGCAGGACCAAGAAAAACCUCCAAAGGAAAUGGAAAAAGAAAGCGGAAGACUGCAAUUCUUACAGAUACCCCAGAGAAAGAGGCACUGGAACAGGAAAAGGAGCACCAGAAAGCUAAGAGAAAGUUAAAUGAAAACAAAACCAAAACCAGAUUUUUGCAUUGUUUGUUUGGAGAGUUACUCGAAACCAAAAGAGGUUUGGGUACAGUGCUGGCAAUGCAAGGCAUGGGCUCACCAGGCCUGCACUGAUGGGGGAGCCAAUUACACCUCUGCCACACUUGCGAGUCUGAUGUGGACUAAUUUCUUUCUGUCUUACCCUCUCUGUCAUACCCUCAUACGCUGCCAGUUCACACAUACACACACACACACAGGUCAGAGGAGUUCAUAGGAUAUCAGUCUUGAUUUUCAUUAAAAUAUUUUGUUGUACAAAUUACACACUCACUACCUAACUAUUUUGUAGUUCAUAUUUUUGUAGGCCUAAUAAUUAACAAAAUGUGGUCCUUUGUUAUUUUAUUACUCUUUGUCUUUAUCAGUUUAACCAA